CAUAUGACUGCUUUCCCGAUUAGCCCACUAGCUAGCUGGAUGAUGAUGGCUGUUAAAACGAAAGUGUGGAAGCCAGGUGCACGCUCUCAAUCUUAAUGCUCAUAUCAUAUGGCAAAACUAUCAGUGAAUUGUUAUUUUGCGUGCCUUCUGAUAUGGCUUGAUAUUUGGUUCUUGGAGUGUAAAAGCAUUAGUUCCUCAUUGGACGAUGACCUACUAUCGCCAUACCUGUACGGCCACGGCCCCUCCCACUCCAACCGGCAUGUCCGAGACUGCCAACCCGUGGUCCAUGGCAACGUCACCCACCAGACCUGGCCGGCCAGCCACCACACAGGGGUGCCUGUGGCUGAGUCCAAAGUAUUCAUUUCAGACAUCCCUGGCACAUCGAGAUGGGUUUCAGGUCACCUGACUGUGGUCCAUGACCCCUUGAGGACGCUGUCUGUGCUGGAGCCGGGAGGGCCGGGGGGUUGUGGGAAGAACAAGAGGGAGGAGGUGGAGGAGACCGCUAGAGCCGGCAAGUGUCUCUAUGCCCAGAACGGAGGCUUCUUUGCUACUAGGAACGGGGAGUGUUUGGGCAAUGUAGUGAGCAACGGGGUGUUGGUGAAGAACAGCCUGGGCCUUCAGAACGCCCAGUUCGGCAUCAGGAGGGACGGGACCCUGGUGUUUGGUUAUCUUUCUGAGGAGGACGUACUGGAUGAGGCCAACCCCUUUGUGCAGUUGGUCAGUGGGGUUGUGUGGCUGCUUCGAAAUGGCCAGGUCUACAUCAACGAGAGCAUGAAGGCAGAGUGUAACAGUACACAGGAGACAGGGACGUUCCUCCAAUUUGUGGAUGUGGUGUCAGCUCGGACAGCGGUUGGUCACGAUAAGGAGGGCAAACUGAUCCUGUUCCACAUAAACGGACAGACUAAACAUAGAGGCAUGACUCUUUGGGAAGUGGCACAUUUUCUGAAAGAUCAAGGGGUCAUCAAUGCCAUCAACCUGGAUGGGGGUGGUUCCUCCACCUACGUGGUGAACGGCUCAUUGGCCAGCUACCCGUCUGACCACUGUGUGGUUGACAACAUGUGGCGCUGCCCCCGACGGGUCUCCACCAUCCUGUGUGUCCACCAGCCCCUGUGCCAGCCUGAGGACUGCUCUGGGCAUGGGAUCUGCCAGGACGGGAUCUGCCAAUGCCAGAAGGGCUGGAGUGGCACGGGCUGUGGCACCGCGCUCUGCCACCCGGCCAGCUGUGGAGCCCACGGUGUCUGUUCACAGGGUGACUGUGUCUGUGAUGCUGGAUGGAGAGGGGAGAACUGCAGUCAAGUGUGUGCUUUGGGUUUCUACGGUGACAGCUGUAACCAGACAUGUGCCUGCAGUAACGGGGGCGUGUGUGAUCCUGUCCACGGAAGCUGCACCUGCCUCAGUGGUUUCCAUGGCGAUUCCUGUGAACAAAAGUGUCCUCUGGGUUUCUACGGGCUGGACUGUGGGCAUUUGUGCAAUUGCCAGGACAUGUGUCCAUGUGACCCAGUCACGGGAAGCUGUCACGCCGUGUUCCAGGGAGAGAGGAAUGCUACCAUCCACAGAGCCGGCCAUUGUCUGGCCAGUCAGAUGUUUGCGACAUGGAAAGAGGAGGCGCACAAAUCCAGGCCUUAUCUCACUGAGCAGAGCUGGAUGAUCCUGACUGGCCUUUUGACCUCUCUGCUAGUUGCCAGCUUGUUGGGUCACCUGCUCACCGCGUAUCGGGGGUCCAGAGCGAACCCCCCUGGCCGUCAGGACUACUCCUACGUACCACUUAGUGAUAUUAACAGUGGUGCAGUUGGUCCAGGUGUCCAAGGGGACAGUCCACUGGCCAGAGGAGCCUUUGAGCUGGACGACUCAGAUUCUGACGAGUGAACCUCCUACUGUUAGGACCGUGUCAGGAGGAGCUCUCUUUAACCUAUACAAUGAUGAGAAGAGGGUGAACGUUUAGUUAGAGGCGGAGAACGUGAUGCAGUCAAAGGAGAGGAAGAGGUGAAGCCCAUGUGAGAUGCUGUGAGUGGACUACUGAUUAUAUGGCUGUAUUUCUCUGAUUUGGAGUGGAACAAUCUAAUGAAGACUACAUUUUUAGGUCUGUGUCAGUGAGUCAUGUUUUGGUACAUUGUAUAAAACAUUGAGGUAAAGUUAGUUCAAUGAUGUGUUAUGUCACCUAUGCAUUUAGUUGGGCCAACGGGCAAGGGCAUGAAGUGUAAUUCUGUAUUUUCAGGAAACAAACUUUUCAAACUGA